AUUCCUCUGUUUUCCUCUGGCUUAUUUUCAUUGAGUGUUUACAGCAGCAGCAGAUUGCCAAAUGGCAUUGAGCACCCAAAGAGACUCUGCCUUUCUUCCUUCACCUCAUCAGUCUGCUCCUCAACCGAACCACGAUGUGUUUUUGAGUUUCAGGGGUGAGGACACUCGACUUAGCUUUGUAUCCCAUUUAUACCAUGAACUGCAGCUCAGGGGUAUUAAAACAUUCAAGGACGAUCCUAAGCUUGAAAGAGGGACACCUAUUUCUUCAGAGCUCUUCAAUGCAAUCGAAGAAUCAAGGCUUGCAAUCGUGAUUCUCUCGCCAAAUUAUGCUUCUUCUUCCUGGUGCUUGGAUGAACUUACAAAGAUUCUCCAAUGCAUGAAAUCCAAGAGCACAGUUCUGCCAGUGUUUUAUCAUGUGGAUCCUUCCGACGUACGAAAACAAACCGGCAGUUUUGCAUGCGCAUUCACGGAACAUGAGGAAAGGUUUAGGGAAGACGUAGAAGGGGUGAAGUGCUGGAGAGCUGCUUUAACUGAAGUAGCCAAUUUAUCUGGGUUUGAUUCAAAGAAUGAGUGUGAAAGAAAACUUAUUGAAAAUAUUGUUGAAUGGGUGUUGAUGAAAGUACAUCGCAAAUUCAAAUUGUUAGAUUCCAGAGAAUUGGUGGGAAUGAAGUUUAUACGUGAGCACAUAGAUUUGCUUUUAGCUCAUCCUACGGAUGAUGUUCGCUUUAUGGGGAUAUGGGGGAUGGGUGGAAUUGGCAAAACAACCAUUGCUAAGCUAGUGUAUGAUAGCAUUUCUACCCAUUUUGAAUCUAGCAGCUUUCUUGCUAAUGUUAGAGAGGUUUCUCAACGUGGUUGUCUUGUUGAUCUACAAAGACAACUACUUUCCCCAAUCUUAAAGGAUCAAAUUACUCAAGUUUGGAAUGAACAGUGGGGGACCUAUUUCAUUAAGAAUUGCUUAUCUAAUAAAAAGGUUCUUCUCAUUCUUGAUGAUGUGAGUGAAUCAAGCCAACUUGAAAAGUUGGCUGGUGAAAAGGAUUGGUUUGGUAAGGGGAGUAUAAUCAUAAUUACAACUAGAGAUGAACGGUUGCUAGUUAAGCAUGAUAUGCAGGUAUCAUAUAAGGUAGAGAGAUUAAGUGAUGAUGAUGCUCUUGAGCUCUUUAGUCGGAAUGCCUUUAAAAAAAAUGAGCCUGACGGAGGUUUCCUGGAAUUGUCCAAGGGUUUUGUAAAUUAUGCCAGAGGCCUUCCACUAGCUCUUAAACUUUUGGGAGGCUUAAUGUAUAAGAGAGAUGAAGAUGAAUGGGAAAGUGAAUUGGAUAAGCUGCGGAAAAUUCCGAAGUCAGAAAUUAUUGAUUUGCUCAAAAUAAGUUAUGAUGGACUGGAUGAGAUGAACAAGGAUAUAUUUCUUGAUGUUGCAUUUUUUCAUAAUGGGAAGGACAAGGAGGAAGUAAUUGAAAUACUAGACAGUUGUGGCCUAUGUGGUUGUGUUGGGAUAAAUGAUCUCGUUCAGAAAUCACUCUUAACUAUAUCACAUAGGAAUGUUGAGAUGCAUGAUUUGAUACAAGAAAUGGCUUUGGAAAUUGUUCGUCGAGAGUGUCCUGAUGAGCCUGGUAGACGAAGUCGAUUGUGCAAUUAUGAUGAUAUCUUUCAUGUAUUCAUAAACAAUACGGUAAGAAAGGCAUCAGCUUACGCACGGCGACAGUUGAAAAAGACAAAUUGGAAUUGUGAAGCCUUCUCUAAGAUGCUUAACCUGAAAUUUCUUGAAUUUGAUAAUAUGAUGAUUUCUUCAAGCCCCGGAAUUCUUCCUAAUUCCUUGAAAAGUAUCAAAUGGAGUCGGUAUCCUUCCAAAUUUCUCCCAUCAGGUUUUCAACCGAAUUUCCUUAUUGCACUUGAGAUGUGUAAUAGCAAACUUGUUCGGCUUUGGGAUGGAAGAAAGGACUUGCCCAACUUGAAAAAAAUGUGGCUUGUUGGCUCUGUAAACUUGACCACAACCCCAGAUUUCAGUGGCAUGCCGAAUCUUGUGGUGUUGGAUUUUCAAUCUUGUAUGAAUUUGGUUGAGAUUCACCCGUCAAUUGCAGAUCUCAAAUGUCUUAGAAGGUUGGAUCUUGGUUUUUGCUCAAAAUUGAAAAAGAUUCCAGAAUUUUCAGGACAAAUGAAAAAUUUGUCAUUUCUUCUUUUAAGUGGGACUUCCAUUGAGAAAUUAUCUUCAUCAAUAGGAUGUCUGGUUGACCUUACUACUCUCUUUCUAAUGCAUUGCGAAAAUCUCGCGGGUCUUCCGAGUGAAAUUUGUAAUUUGAAGUCUCUUACAGAGCUCGAGGUGAGUGGAUGCUCAAAAAUUGACAAACUCCCAGAGAACAUGGGGGAGAUGGAGUCUCUGACAGAGCUUCAAUUGUAUGAAACUUCUAUAAGACAGCUGCCACGCUCCAUUGUUGGUUUGAAAAAACUGAUGAGUCUAUCUUUGGGUGGAAGAAGUGGAUCACAACCUAAUAAUAAAUCAAGGUUUUGGUGGGGCCUCCCCCGCUUAUAUAAAAGAAAUGCUUUAGUGUUGAGUUCACUUAAUGGUUUAUGCUCUUUGGAGUAUUUGGAUCUGAGUGAUAAUGGACUUUGUGAAGGGGAUCUUCCCAGUGAUAUUGGUUGCUUGUCCUCUUUAGAAGAAUUAAGGCUUAGUGGAAACAAUUUUGUUAGCCUUCCUGCAAGCGUUGGAUGUCUUUCUAAGCUUACGUCAUUAUGGGUGAAUGGGUGCCAAAGUCUUGAACAAUUGCCAGAUCUUUCUAAGCUUAUCUCAUUAGAGAAUAUAAACAUAGCCCAUUGCACUUCCUUAAAAAUGUUACCACAUCUUUCCUCAAAUUGCUCAUUAGUGGAUAGUAUAUACUACAUGCGUUUUCAAUGCGACAAUUGCUUUGUAUUGGUUGACAAUGAAGGCUGCGAUAGUAUAAUACUGAAAAUGCUACAGCGAUACCUUCAGCUUCAGACUCGGGUUCUCUCUCUGUCUGUUUGUCUCUCUUUUGUUGUUUUCUAUAAUAAUAAUUACAACUUACUAACCUCAUAUAUAUCUAUGUAUAUGGUACAGGUAUUACAUAUUUCAACUCCUGGAAGGAAAAUUCCAGAGUGGUUCAGUAAUCAAAGUUCGGGAGAUUCCCUAACUGUGGAGCUACCUCUGGAUUCAUGUACCACAUGGAUGGGAAUUGCUUUAUGUGCUUUGUUUGAAGUUCAGGCUCGUCUUUCUGAUUUUGAAAUUAGCUGUUCCGCACAAGGAUUGCGGCCAUAUAGAGUAAUUUCAAAAUAUUUUAUAAUAGGCAAUGUUGUGUCAGAUCACCUUUGGGUAACUUAUGCAUCUCGUGAACAAUUUGAGAAGAUAUGCGGUCAAAUAGAGGUUUUGUUCACAAUUAAUUAUCUUUUUCGAGGCAUGAUGCCGGGAGACAAAAAAUCUUGUGUGAAGAAGUGUGGGUUUCGUUUGGUGCACAAGCAAGAUGUGGAACAACUCAACCAGAUCAUGAUGAACAAAUCCAUCAUCAAGAGCACUACUACUUGUCCUACCAAAUCAGCUGAUGCACAAGGUCAACAAUGCCACGAUGGCGAGGACGCUGGUCCUAGUGGAAGUGGUAGCUCUCACCAAAAAUCUCUCUUCUGCAAUACCUAUGCUCUUUCCGAAGAGGCAGACCAAGAUGAAUUAAAUGAUGAUGAUGAUGAUGUUUUUGACGAAGCUCGGCCCAGAAAAAGAAAAAAGAUCAAUGUGUUUGGGACUGACCUAUGAUUCGUCACUUUCAAAGCAAGAGGCAUCACAGCUGCUGCAUUUCAAUUCAAUUGCAUAAUAACAAGACUACUGCUGUUGAAGCCAGCCAACUGUGUCCUGUAGUCAACUGAAAUUUGGGUUCCUGAUGCCAUGACCGGUACUGGGCACACUGCUAAUGUGCAACUUGAACUGAUCGAAAGUAUUCAUUUACUUAUUGGCCAGGAUGGAAUAAGACAACAAGAAUUCUCAAUGAAACCCAUAAAUAUUUCCAUUGAAUCAAUAUAAAACCGACCAAUUGCUUUGUCGGAACUCCUCCCCUGUCAGCUUCAUUGAUCAUCUCUUUGAUAGUUUAUACAAUCUCUUUCAUUUAUGCAGUCUUCUCUUAUUUAGCAUCUCUCAGUUUUAAAUUGUUCAACAGACAGGAAUUCUGAGAGGUUCAUUAACAUCAGAAUAUGUUGAGCAGAAUUUGGCAGAACUAGUUCUAUUUUGAAUAAAACUGUAGUAACUUUUUAUUUGGAGAUUGGUGAUUUAUUAAUGAGAGGUUGUCAAUCUAGUCAAAAUGUA